AUGCCGCUUAGCUUCCCACCCUUCUCCCCCUCAUUUCCCCCCCUUCUCCCUCUCAGUUCCCACCCUUCACCCCCUCAUUCCCCCCAUUCUUCCCCUCAGAUCCCAACCUUCUCCUCAUUCCCCCCAUUCUUCCCCCUCAUCCCCCCCCCUUCUUCCCCUCAGCCCCCCCCCCCCCCUUCUCGCCCUCAUUUCCCCCCCUUCUCCCUCUCAUUUGCCCCACUGCUCCCCUUCAUUUCCCCUCCUGCUCCUUCUCACUUCCCCCACUGGUUCCCCUCAUUUCCACCCUUGCCGCCUCUCACUUCCGACCUUGCUCACUCUCAUUUCCCCCCUUGUUCCAUCUCAUUUCGCCCCCUGCUCUCACUGACAUAUUCCCCUUCUCCCUCUCACUUCGCCCCCUGCUCACCCUCAUUCCAGCCCUUCUCCCAAUCAUUUCCCCCCUUGCUCCUCUCAUCUCCCCCCCUUCUCCCUCUCAUUUCCCCCCUUGCUCCUCUCAUCUCCCCCCUUUCUCCCUCUCAUUUCCCCCCUUGCUCCUCUCAUCUCCCCCCCUCCUCCCUCUCAUUUCCCCCCUUACUCCUCUCAUCUCCCCCCCUUCUCCCUCUCAUUUCCCCCCUUGCCGCCUCUCACUUCCACCCUUGCUCACUCUCGCUUCCCCGCUUCCCUCUCACUUCCACCCUUGCUCACUCUCGCUUCCCCGCUUCCCUCUCACUUCCACCCUUGCUCUCUCGCUUCCCCGCUUCCCUCUCACUUCCACCCUUGCUCACUCUCGCUUCCCCGCUUCCCUCUCAUUUCCCUCCUUCACCCCUUCAUUUCCCCCCCUUCUCCCCUUAUUUUCCCCACCUUGCUCCCCUUCAUUUCCCCCGCUUCUCCCCUAAUUUUCCCCACCUUGCUCCCCUUCAUUUCCCCCCCUUCUCCGCUUAUUUUCCCCACCUUGCUCCCCUUCAUUUCCCUCCCAGCUCUGGCAUAGCCCCACUGCCCUCCCGUCCUUUUCAUCUUCCCUCCCUUACAGGGUGGAUCCCUUGCAAAAUACUGCCCCCCACUCCCUCCCUUUCAUUCUCCCUUCCACGCUCUCCCAUCGCCAUGCCUUAA